UGUCAGCUGAUACUGUGACGUCAAGUCCGCUUCCGUGAUUACAACAACAAGAAGGGCCAAGAAGGAGGAAGGACCAGGAGGACCAGACGACGUUCCAAGAACUUUGAACAGGAAUCACCACAACACAGAUGAGGUUUUUUUAAAGGGGGAACGUCCCCCCCAUCCUGUGUACAGCAGUGAUUUUGGUGGUGAGGCGGCAUGGAGAGGAUUUGAGAGGUUCCUCCUCAGGUGAGUAAUAAGAGCCAUGGACCCAGGGGCAGCGGAUAGCCCUGUCAACCUGGUCAUCAAGGCCCCCAACCAGAAGUAUCAGGACCAGACCAUCACUUGCUUCCUCAGCUGGACUGUGGAGAAGCUGAAGAGUCACAUCUCCGAUGUGUAUCCCAGCAAACCUCGCUCCAAAGACCAGCGCCUGGUGUACUCGGGAAAGCUCCUGCAGGACCAUCUCCAGCUAAAAGACGUGCUCCGGCAGGCCCAGCAGCAGGAUGACUACCACAUGUUACACCUGGUGUGCAGCUCACACACCCCCCCAGGGUCGCCUGUCCCUCAGAGGACCCCCACUAUCAACACAGCAGACAUCAGCAGUCCAGAAAUUGCAAACUCAUCAUCCGCCGCUGCAUCACCGUCAGACAGUCUGCCAUCCUCCUCUUCCUCUCCCACAGCGGGGCAUGGAGGGCUCAGACAUCGCCGUGUCUCGUCCCCGCUGAAUCUUCCCCAGACGCCUGCUGGCGCCCCUCAGUGGCCUCACGGAGCUCAGGUGCCUAUGCGAGGCGGCCAGAUGUUCAUGCCCAUGCAGAUGUUGUGGUGGCAGCAGAUGUACGCGCAACACUACUACAUGCAGUAUCAAGCAGCGGUGGCGGCAUCUCAGCCCCUCAACACCCCACCCACUUCGGUACAUCCGCCACCCUACCACCCCAACGAAGCCGUGCAACCGCCGCUGGGGCCCGCCCCGGCUGCCGCCAAUCCCCUGCCGGAGAACCCGCCGCAGGCUAACGCAAACAUCCAGAUGAACGCGCAGGGCGGGGCAGUGCUGAACGAGGACGAGCUGAACCGCGACUGGCUGGACUGGAUGUACACGCUGUCCCGGGCCAGCGUCCUGCUCAGCAUCGUCUACUUCUACUCGUCCUUCAGCCGCUUCAUCAUGGUGGUGGGCGCCAUGCUGCUGGUCUACUUGCACCAGGCUGGUUGGUUUCCCUUCAGGCCACAGGAGCAGAACCUCCAAGGAGCUGAACUGGCUCAAGCUCCUCGGGAAGAAGCGCGGCGGCAUCAAGACAUACAGGAAAUGGAGCGUCUUAUGGAUGACGGCGUGGAAGAUGAAGACAGCUCAGAGGAAGGGGUACAAGAGGACCCCACCCAGGCUGCCGCCGCCCUCCCGGAGCCCAGCUUGCUUAGCACUGCCUGGUCCUUCAUCAGCACCUUCUUCACCUCGCUCGUACCCGAGGGACGUCCCGUCCCAGCCAACUAGACCACCCUUUUCCCCUGAACACGUCCCACAACAGCACCUGGGAGCGAACGCUGCUAGAGAACUGACGUACCUUUUAAUCACAGCAAUGAACUAUUAGACUAUGAAUAUUAGAACGCUUAGGCGGUGAAGGGUUACUUUUGUCAGGAGUUGCCAGAGUGAUGUGUCCUCGAUGUCAAACUUGAAGCAGAAUGAAGAAGGAAUGGGAAGUAGAUCCUGACAUACAGUGUGCAUCGUGUUUGCGUAUUUCAAGCUAAAGGCUCUAUUUACACAUGUAACUAAAUCUACCUUUAAUUCUUACAUAUACAUUUUUGGGGAAUAAAAGUCGUUAAUCUGUACGUCAACUUCUGUCUUGCAGGUGGCAGCAUGUUCACGCUAAGGACCGCAACGAACACAUAACUGUGGUCUCAAGUAUUGCCAUUUCACCCUGAAAAUACACUAUUCAGAUUCAUAAAUACAACAUAUAUAAAACCAUAUAUAAAACCAAUUGUUUUAAUAACAAAAAUACAUAAAAUGCCAAGGGUAAGGACUAAACAUCUCAGGGUGGCUCGUUUAAAUUAAGAAUUGACCCCCUUCCCGUAGGUGGUGCUGAUAUGGUUUACAAAGGGUGUGCCAACUUUCUACACCACAGCGCCAUUUGCCGGAUGGAUGCUGGCCAAACUCCAAAAAAUGUACUUCCAUACGUUAUACAAAUUAAUAAUAUAAAAUAUAUUUUAACAAUAUGAAAACAUUACUUAAAAAAUAUAAAAUAAAAUUGUUUACAUAAAAUAAAUAGAAAAUGACAACUUUUACAAAGACACAAAAUAUAAGUGCAUUAUUUAAAAAUCAGUACGUGAGUCACUCAUGGAUUGGAUCAGAGCACUGCACACCUCACCUACGGAAUCGCAGGAGUGCCAAAAUUAACUGGGACUACGUGUGGAAAUACAAACAGCCUCGAUGACAAAAAAUAACAAAUGUCAUGUUUUUUGUCAUUUUGUCAUUGUUUUUUCUGUUUUGUCUUUGUUUUUUCCAAUGUGCCGUCACCUUUCCUGUUUUGUAUUUGUCUUUUUCUUUUGGUUUUUGUCAUUGCAUCACUGACCUGUAUAAUAAAUCUGGAUAGCCCAUU